AUGCAGAUCUUUGUCAAGACUUUGACUGGCAAAACAAUCACUCUAGAAGUUGAGGCCUCAGACACAAUUGAAAAUGUAAAGGCAAAGAUCCAAGACAAGGAAGGUAUUCCUCCAGACCAACAGCGUCUCAUUUUCGCCGGCAAGCAAUUAGAAGAUGGUCGUACUCUAUCUGAUUACAAUAUCCAAAAAGAAUCUACACUCCAUUUAGUACUACGUCUGCGAGGUGGUAUGCAGAUCUUCGUCAAGACCUUGACUGGCAAAACCAUCACUCUGGAAGUUGAGCCAUCUGACACAAUUGAAAAUGUGAAAGCAAAAAUCCAAGACAAGGAAGGUAUUCCUCCAGACCAACAGCGUCUCAUUUUCGCCGGCAAGCAGUUGGAAGAUGGUCGCACUCUAUCAGAUUACAAUAUCCAAAAAGAAUCAACGCUCCAUUUGGUUUUGCGUCUGAGAGGUGGUAUGCAGAUCUUCGUCAAGACCUUGACUGGCAAAACAAUCACUCUAGAAGUUGAGGCCUCAGACACAAUCGAAAAUGUAAAGGCAAAGAUCCAAGACAAGGAAGGUAUUCCUCCAGACCAACAGCGUCUCAUUUUCGCCGGCAAGCAAUUAGAAGAUGGUCGUACUCUAUCUGAUUACAAUAUCCAAAAAGAAUCUACACUCCAUUUAGUACUACGUCUGCGAGGUGGUAUGCAGAUCUUCGUCAAGACCUUGACUGGCAAAACCAUCACUCUGGAAGUUGAGCCAUCUGACACAAUUGAAAAUGUGAAAGCAAAAAUCCAAGACAAGGAAGGUAUUCCUCCAGACCAACAGCGUCUCAUUUUCGCCGGAAAGCAGUUGGAAGAUGGUCGCACUCUAUCAGAUUACAAUAUCCAAAAAGAAUCAACGCUCCAUUUGGUUUUGCGUCUGAGAGGUGGUAUGCAGAUCUUCGUCAAGACCUUGACUGGCAAAACAAUCACUCUAGAAGUUGAGGCCUCAGAUACAAUCGAAAAUGUAAAGGCUAAGAUCCAAGACAAGGAAGGUAUUCCUCCAGACCAACAGCGUCUCAUUUUCGCCGGAAAGCAGUUGGAAGAUGGUCGUACUCUAUCUGAUUACAAUAUCCAAAAAGAAUCUACACUCCAUUUAGUACUGCGUCUGAGAGGUGGUAUGCAGAUCUUCGUCAAGACCUUGACUGGCAAAACAAUCACUCUAGAAGUUGAGGCCUCGGACACAAUUGAAAAUGUUAAGGCAAAGAUCCAAGACAAGGAAGGUAUUCCUCCAGACCAACAGCGUCUCAUUUUCGCCGGCAAGCAGUUGGAAGAUGGUCGCACUCUAUCAGAUUACAAUAUCCAAAAAGAAUCUACACUCCAUUUAGUACUGCGUCUGCGAGGUGGUAUGCAGAUCUUCGUCAAGACCUUGACUGGCAAAACCAUCACUCUGGAAGUUGAGCCAUCUGACACAAUUGAAAAUGUGAAAGCAAAAAUCCAAGACAAGGAAGGUAUUCCUCCAGACCAACAGCGUCUCAUUUUCGCCGGAAAGCAGUUGGAAGAUGGUCGUACUCUAUCUGAUUACAAUAUCCAAAAAGAAUCUACACUCCAUUUAGUACUGCGUCUGAGAGGUGGUAUGCAGAUCUUCGUCAAGACCUUGACUGGCAAAACAAUCACUCUAGAAGUUGAGGCCUCGGACACAAUUGAAAAUGUUAAGGCAAAGAUCCAAGACAAGGAAGGUAUUCCUCCAGACCAACAGCGUCUCAUUUUCGCCGGCAAGCAGUUGGAAGAUGGUCGCACUCUAUCAGAUUACAAUAUCCAAAAAGAAUCGACGCUCCAUUUGGUUUUGCGUCUGAGAGGUGGUAUGCAGAUCUUCGUCAAGACCUUGACUGGCAAAACCAUCACUCUGGAAGUUGAGCCAUCUGACACAAUUGAAAAUGUGAAAGCAAAAAUCCAAGACAAGGAAGGUAUUCCUCCAGACCAACAGCGUCUCAUUUUCGCCGGCAAGCAGUUGGAAGAUGGUCGCACUCUAUCAGAUUACAAUAUCCAAAAAGAAUCAACGCUCCAUUUGGUUUUGCGUCUGAGAGGUGGUAUGCAGAUCUUCGUCAAGACUUUGACUGGCAAAACAAUCACUCUAGAAGUUGAGGCCUCAGACACAAUCGAAAAUGUAAAGGCAAAGAUCCAAGACAAGGAAGGCAUUCCUCCAGACCAACAGCGUCUCAUUUUCGCCGGCAAGCAGUUGGAAGAUGGUCGCACUCUAUCAGAUUACAAUAUCCAAAAAGAAUCGACGCUCCAUUUGGUUUUGCGUCUGAGAGGUGGUAUGCAGAUCUUCGUCAAGACCUUGACUGGCAAAACAAUCACUCUAGAAGUUGAGGCCUCAGACACAAUUGAAAAUGUUAAGGCAAAGAUCCAAGACAAGGAAGGCAUUCCUCCAGACCAACAGCGUCUCAUUUUCGCCGGCAAGCAGUUGGAAGAUGGUCGCACUCUAUCAGAUUACAAUAUCCAAAAAGAAUCGACGCUCCAUUUGGUUUUGCGUCUGAGAGGUGGUAUGCAGAUCUUCGUCAAGACCUUAACUGGCAAAACCAUCACUCUGGAAGUUGAGGCCUCAGACACAAUCGAAAAUGUAAAGGCAAAGAUCCAAGACAAGGAAGGCAUUCCUCCAGAUCAACAGCGUCUCAUUUUCGCCGGCAAGCAGUUGGAAGAUGGUCGCACUCUAUCGGAUUACAAUAUCCAAAAAGAAUCGACCCUCCAUUUGGUAUUGCGUCUGAGAGGUGGUAUGCAGAUCUUCGUCAAGACCUUGACUGGUAAAACAAUCACUCUAGAAGUUGAGGCCUCAGACACAAUUGAAAAUGUUAAGGCAAAGAUCCAAGACAAGGAAGGUAUUCCUCCAGACCAACAGCGUCUCAUUUUCGCCGGCAAGCAGUUGGAAGAUGGUCGCACUCUAUCAGAUUACAACAUCCAAAAAGAAUCGACGCUCCAUUUGGUUUUGCGUCUGAGAGGUGGUAUGCAGAUCUUCGUCAAGACCUUAACUGGCAAAACCAUCACUCUGGAAGUUGAGGCCUCAGACACAAUCGAAAAUGUAAAGGCAAAGAUCCAAGACAAGGAAGGCAUUCCUCCAGAUCAACAGCGUCUCAUUUUCGCCGGCAAGCAGUUGGAAGAUGGUCGCACUCUAUCGGAUUACAAUAUCCAAAAAGAAUCGACCCUCCAUUUGGUAUUGCGUCUGAGAGGUGGUAUGCAGAUCUUCGUCAAGACCUUGACUGGUAAAACAAUCACUCUAGAAGUUGAGGCCUCAGACACAAUUGAAAAUGUUAAGGCAAAGAUCCAAGACAAGGAAGGUAUUCCUCCAGACCAACAGCGUCUCAUUUUCGCCGGCAAGCAGUUGGAAGAUGGUCGCACUCUAUCAGAUUACAACAUCCAAAAAGAAUCGACGCUUCAUUUGGUGCUCAGACUGCGGGGUGGUAUUUAAAAAAUUAAUUAAAAGAAAAAUAAAUGGAUUUUGCAUUUAAAA